AUGGCGACGGGCGUGCUUGAUAGGCGCGCCCCAACGAACACGACACUGGAUUGCCAUGGGUCAUCCCUUCCGCCAAUCCAGUACUGUUCGUCGUCCGGUCGUCGUUGCCUAGUUGCUGCCAGUCCAGGACCGCACAGCACAAGCUGGGAAUUCGUAUCGUCAGGGCGUCACGAGGAGGCUGCUGCUGCUGUGGGUGUGGGCGGCCGCCACAUGGGCGAGAACAGUGAAUGGGUGGAUGUAGAGUUCUUCCACCCGAACCCAUCCGGCGACGAUUGGAUCGGCGUCUUUUCUCCUGCGAAUUUCAGUACCAGUUUGCAAACUUCAAAAAAUGACGGCUAUAACAAAACUGGAAGGGGCUAUCUGAAGCUUCAGUUGAUCAACCAGAGGGAAGAUUUCUCAUUCGCUCUUUUCUCAGGCGGUCUCUCGAAGCCCAAGCUGAUUGCUGUCUCCAACAAAGUAGCAUUUGCGAACCCAAAGGCACCAGUGUACCCACGUUUAGCACAAGGGAAGUCUUGGAAUGAAAUGACAGUCACCUGGACAAGUGGCUACGAUAUUACAGAAGCAGUUCCUUUUGUUGAGUGGGGUGAGGAAGGAGGUCGCCGGCUUCUUGCUCCAGCUGGGACAUUAACAUUUGACAGAAAUAGCAUGUGUGAUAAGUAUACUUACAGGCUUGGCCAUAGGCUGAUGAAUGGGACCCGAAUCUGGAGCAAGUCAUACAGCUUCAAAGCAUCGCCUUACCCUGGGCAAGAUUCUUUGCAACGAGUUGUCAUAUUUGGAGACAUGGGAAAGGCAGAGGCUGAUGGUUCGAACGAGUUCAACGACUUCCAGCCAGGUUCGCUGAACACUACUUACCAGAUCAUCAGGGAUCUUGAAAACAUCGACAUGGUGGUCCACAUUGGGGACAUUUGCUACGCGAAUGGCUACUUGUCUCAGUGGGAUCAGUUCACUGCACAGAUCGAACCAAUUGCUUCAAUGGUGCCAUACAUGAUUGGCAGUGGUAACCAUGAGAGGGAUUGGCCUGGCACUGGUUCAUUCUACGGAAACCGUGACUCCGGCGGAGAGUGUGGUGUUCCUGCCCAAACUGUGUUCUACACUCCAGCUGAGAACCGUGCGAAAUUCUGGUACGCGACAGACUACGGCAUGUUCAGGUUCUGCAUUGCAAACACCGAAGAGGACUGGAGGCCGGGGACCGAGCAGUACCGAUUCAUCGAGCAAUGCCUGUCGUCGGUAGACAGGCAGAAGCAGCCGUGGCUCAUCUUCCUCGCGCACCGUGUUCUCGGCUACUCGUCCUGCACCUACUACGAAUCGGAGGGCACGUUCGAGGAGCCCAUGGGGCGGGAAGCGCUGCAGGAGCUCUGGCAGAAGUACAAGGUCGACCUCGCCUUCUAUGGCCACGUCCACAGUUACGAAAGGACAUGCCCCGUCUAUCAGUCUCAGUGCGUCGUCGACGGAUCCGACCACUACAGCGCCCCGUUCCAGGCGACGACGCACGUCGGCGGCGGCGGCGCAGGAGCCAGCAUUUUCGAUUCUGAGUUCACCACCUCGAAGAUCCAAUGGAGCCACUUCACCGACUUCGACCACGGGUUCGUCAAGCUCACGGCCCUCAACCACUCCUCCCUGCUGUUCGAGUACAAGAAGAGCCGCGACGGCAACGUGUAUGAACAUUUCACCAUCUCACGCGAUCACCGGGACAUCCUCGCUUGCUCUAUCGACAAUUGCCCCCGGACCACACUGGCUUCCUGA